AUGCGCUACGCACCGAUCUUCCUCGCGGCCCUUGCCGCUGCCGCUCCUGUUGAGGUCCCCGGCGUUGAGAUCACCAACGUUUCCGCCAAGACUCUGGCCAAUAAUACGCUUACUUACGAAUUUGAUGUGCUUGAUGGCACCAAUGGCCAGACCGUCCAUUGCAAUGUCGAAUGGGAUGCUAUGAGCCGGAACACGGCAGCCUCUUGCUCUGUGCCCGAGUACACCACCAGUAUCUACUUCCCUGCAGGCAUCCAAACUGGCACGUCUGACUAUGUCUGUGGACACUCUGGCACCGAAGGAGUCCUCAGCCAGUGCUUCACUGCUCCUGAGGUGAAGAUUGCAGCCGUCAGGGCCAACUGA